AUGGCUGUCGACAAGCACCCCACCUAUAUCGACCUUCCUCCUGCUCCUCACAAUGCGGUCGUGUCGCCAAACGAAACAGAGAGAGGUACACCAAACUCAGAAUAUGAUCGGCCCAUAUCACCCCUACAUAUGCCUCCCGGCGAAAUUGAUGGCUUGGAUGCUUUGAAAGCCCAGGAAUAUAUGAGUGGGAGACGAGGAUCAGGCCAGAGUAGUAACCUACAUAUACACAUUCCCGGUAUGGUCUCGCCUGCAGAUGUAGCAUUUUCGGCCAUGCAUUAUCUGCCAUACCCUUGUGUGGUUCUAAAUGGUUCUAAAACGGUGAUACUCGCAAACGAAGCCACUGCGAGACUACUCAGUGCAGACGGUGACGAAAGUGAAGAAAAUGAAGAUGCACAGUGCGUGGAACAAUACAAAGGACAAACACUUUCCCAAUUGGGCAUCGACAUGGUGAAAGAUUUCAAGCCUGUGUGGGUUACUUGGGACACAUUUCUGGAUAGUCUGGGCGAGGAAAUCAAUGUACAUGCGAAUGCGCAAGAGACUGUAUCAUCAGAGUAUGAAGGAGAUGUGACCCCGACGGCUGAAAGAACAGAACCUUCAAGUAGGAUUACAAAUCCUGAGAGAAAGGCUUCGGUGGUUCAUGAUGCCGUGGUUGAAGUCAUCAUCACAUCUGGACUAAUAACAGCAUCAUCGUUUGCAGGGCGAACGGCUAAGAAGAUGUCCGAUAGACAUUCAUACGCCAAAAUGAUCAUUAGUAUCUUCGAAAUCGAGAAUGAAAAAUACUACAUGUUGACCUUCACGAGUACAGAAACUACUCAACCUGUAUUACCCAGCUCAAGGAGGAUUUCAAGGAAAGUACACGACCCUAAGCUUCAAAUGGGUUCCAACAAUGGCUCGCACUCGUCGAGUUCCAUGUCUCGCUCAAACCCAUCGUCCGCCAGCUCCGAACAUAGUUCUAGUCAUGAUUCCAGUCAAGGAUCCAGCGGCUCAUCUGCAAUUUCUAGCCCCACGCAUGCGCCCAUGUCUUCCUCUCCGUUCCCACCUUUGGGUCCCCCGUCACGCGUCAAUAAGUCAGGCGCCCCUUCAAUUUUGCAGAAGGUGAUUGUGUUGAAAGAUGCACUACUAGAUAAUACGGAAAUUCCUAUUCUGGCAAUGUGGAAGGACGAGAGUGUGACGAUACCGAAUAAAGCUGCAAGAAGAUUGUUCGCAAGAGAAGCCGACAUGUCGAAUGUUAAAAACGUUGGUAAAUGGCAUUGUUACAACCAUGAUUUCACCGUAGCUCUAGAUCCGUCAGAGUAUCCUAUCUCGGUUUUAAUGAUAUGUGAUAGUAUGCCGCAGCUCAUUUGGACGACUACUCCCGAUGGUAUGCAUGACUGGUUCAGUCAGCGCUGGUAUGACUACACGGGAUUGACCAUGGAGGAAUCCCUUGGUGAGGGUUGGAAAUCGCCGUUUCAUCCAGACGAUUUGGCCUUGACAAAGAAGCGCUGGCAACAUUGCCUAGAGACUGGUGAACCUUAUACUACAGAAUAUCGUUGUCGGAAACACGAUGGAGAAUGGAGAUGGAUGCUGGGACGCGCUAUUUGCAUGAGGAAUAAAGACACUGGCAAAAUCGAAAAAUGGUACGGAACCUGCACGGAUAUCCAUGAAGCGGUCAUGUCACGAUUCGAGGCCAAACGACUUCGUCAACAAUUAUUGUCCGUCAUAACCCACGCUCAAGUUACGCUGUUUUCCGUAGAUCGACAUCGAAAAAUCAACCUCCUGGAAGGUGCCUUCAUAUGGGACCUUGAGAGCGAUGUAGGAUCUAGCGAUGAGAGCCUCGCGGGUAGCGGUAAAGCUAAGGGGUCUGAUUACAUAGGGAAGAAUGUUUACAAUGUCUUUUCGCAUUCCAGUAACCACAGGCAAAGCCAUGACGUGAUUCCUGCUUCACUACAACCAAUCGAGGAUAUCUUGACUGGAAAGGUAAUGGAAGACAUGCAAGAACACACCAUCGACAAUAGGUGGUACCGCACGAAAUUUGUCCCUGUCCUCGGUAAGAAAGAUGGGGGCGGACAUGUUAAUGAAGCGUUCAUCGAUGGUGUCAUUGGAUUAUCUAUGGAUAUCACUGAGAUUAAAGAUCGUGAAAAUGAUCUCCAGAUGCAAGAAAGGGAGAAUACCAGACUUCUCGCAAAUGAAGCAGCCGCCAAAGAAGCUAGUCGAUUAAAGAGUCAGUUCCUGGCAAAUAUGAGUCACGAAAUUCGAACACCUAUUGCUGGAGUCAUCGGGAUGGCCGAACUCCUCACUGAUAUGAAUCUUGACGAAGAACAGCAAGAAUGUGCCGAAAACAUUCAACGUUCCGCCAAUGCACUUCUCACAGUCAUCAAUGAUAUCUUGGAUUUCUCAAAGGUUGAAUCUGGCCGGUUGGAUAUUGAGGAAGUUCAAUUCUCCUUGUCAGUUGUGGUGCGGGAUGUCAGUAAAAUGCUGGGAUUCGCUGCUGAACGUAAGAAUCUAAUGUUCGAUUCCGACAUCACGGUCGGAGUUGAUAAAGAUUUGAUUGUUAUGGGCGACCCAGGUCGAGUUCGCCAGAUCAUCACAAAUCUCCUCACGAAUAGUAUUAAAUUCACCAGCGAAGGAAGAGUCAAAUUCUCGGUCAUCAAAGAAAGAGAAGAUGCAGAUACUAUUGAAGUAAAGUUCGUCGUUGAAGAUACCGGUAUUGGAAUUGAGGAGGAAGUCCGAAAACGUCUAUUCAAACCUUUCAGUCAAGCAGAUUCAUCAACAGCAAGGAGAUUUGGUGGCACGGGAUUAGGUCUCACGAUAAGUAAGAAUUUGGUGGACUUAAUGCACGGUAGAAUUACUUUGGAGUCAUCGUUAGGACAGGGUACGACUGCGACUUUUUGGAUUCCCUUCAACAAGCCACAGUAUCAUGAUGGAAAUGCCCUAAUUGAUAUUGGAAGCUUACCAGAUCGAUUACAAUCCGAAAUGAGUGUUUCUUGUGGCAGCUCGGAUUAUGAUGUUGGCGCUUCGCCCCAGAAAAACUCGUCGGAUAUGCCUAGACAUCAUAGGUCGGUUAGCAUGACGCCUCCAGUUGUGUCCGAGGUAGAAAUGUCGCCUGCUGAUAGAGCCAAUAUCAAAAUCCUUCUUGUUGAAGAUAAUGCUAUCAAUCAACAAAUUGCUUUGAAAACCAUUCGGAAAUUAGGAUUUACCGCCUCGGCAGUUUGGAAUGGAAAGGAAGCUCUUGAUUAUCUCCUCGCAGCAGACUCUCCAAAUCCACCUCAUCCAAAACCAGAUAUCAUUCUUAUGGAUGUACAAAUGCCAAUUAUAGAUGGAUACCGCGCCACCCAUAUAUUGCGUCACCACUCCCCUUACAGUUACUCGACGCGUAACAUUCCCAUCGUAGCCAUGACAGCAUCAGUCAUCCAGGGCGAUCGCGAGAAGUGCCAAAAAGCCGGCAUGGAUGAUUAUCUAGCGAAGCCUGUUAAGGGAAAAACGUUGGAGAAGAUGUUGGUGAGAUGGGCGAUUAAUAGAAGAGUCCCGAAACAGGAGAGUGACCGGGAUGAUGAGGGGAGUGAUUGUGCGGAGGGAGACAAUGAAAAUUGUUCGAGGAGAAGUGAGAAGUCAAAACCCACCAAAAAUACUUCCAGGCCCUCCCCAGCGCAACCCCGUCCAACAAAGAGUGAGCGCCACAAUUCCCAGCGUUUAACUCUCCCACAGCCAGAGUCCGAAGGUGAACGGGCCGUGCGACGUGAAGUAUUUGAGGAAAAAGCCAAGGAGUUACGAGAUGAGAAAUUGGUUGGUGCUGGAGGAGACGAACACGGAGCUCUUUCCUUACAUGACACUCGUGGAAAUGGACAUGUACAUGCCCAUAGAGAGGGCAUGGGGAUCGAUGCAGGGCAAGCAGGAGAUGAAGCAAUACGCCAAAAAUUGACGGUGGAAAAUGUAGGGAGAUUGGAGCGACAAGAAAAUGAAGAAAUGGAGGUAGCUGCAAAAUUAGAGCUUGGGAUAGGGAAUGGGAGUGGAAGUGGGAAGGAGAUAAUGAGACAGAAAGAGAAAGGAGGGGGAGUAAGGAGAAUGAGUGUGGUCAGAGGGGAUAGUAUGCAGGUUUGGGGAGAUCCGUUGGGGGGGGAUUUAAGCCUAGAAACUUUAAGUAGGAGUGAUACACACACACCGAGUUCCAUGUUAGCUGCGGAUGGAAGGGCAUCUGAGAGUCCGAAAGUGAUGGAGAGUCAAAGGGGAAGUGAAGAUUAUUUGAACGGAAAGAAUAGGCAUAGGAAGGAGAAGGAUGUCGAUGAAAAUCAAGAUGAAAAUAGAGAAGAGAGCAAGGGGACCAACGAUAGUGAUCCAACCCGACCGAGUCUGGCAAGGAGAUGGAUGGAUAGUCAAGUUACAGUCCGAGGAUCGUCUGCUGGAGAUUCCUCAGGAUAG